AUGGACAUCUUCACGCACGACCAGAGCCUGGGCGUGGCCGGCGGCAGCAUCGCCGACCUCAACGACUUCCCCAAAGUGACGUUCGACACGACCACCGACCUGAGUGGCUUCGCGUUCUUCGACGCCGACGCGUCGUCGUCGACGCCGGUGGCGUCGCUCAGCGUACCGUCGUCGAGCACGGGCGCCGGUCUGCGGCCGGCCGGGGACAGGGUGACACUCGUGUCGCCGGCCACCUCGUCCGGCAGCCGCUCCGACGGCGCUGGAAAGUCAGAACAAAAUGUUGUGCUCGCUGACUCCAACACCUCGUCGCCAAACAAGACAUUCGUGCCGUGUCGGGUAUGCGGAGACAAGGCUUCAGGCUACCACUACGGCGUAACGUCUUGCGAAGGCUGCAAGGGUUUCUUCCGAAGAAGUAUACAGAAGCAGAUAGAGUACAGGUGUUUACGAGAAGGAAAGUGUCUGGUGAUAAGAUUAAAUAGAAAUAGAUGUCAAUAUUGUAGAUUCAAGAAAUGUCUGGCAGUCGGGAUGUCAAGAGACUCCGUCAGGUACGGCCGCGUGCCCAAGCGGAGCCGAGAGCGCUGCGAGCUUGACGGCCGCGUCAUCAGCUCCGACGACGACCAAUCACGCGACAUCGAGACCAAGCAGCUGGCCAUAUAUGACGUCAUUCUGACGGUUUCGCAAGCGCACCACGCCCACUGCGCCUUCACGGAAGAGAAGACGCGGUCACUGAGCAGGAAGCCGGUCGCCUUCGACUUCUCCACGCCCUCGGGAGAGCCAGAUGGCGCCACCUCAACGGUAGAGUCGGCCGAGCGCAGGCGCAUCGUCGUUUGGCAGACCUUCGCCGCGCUCCUCACGCCAUCUAUACAGAGGGUGGUCGAGUUCGCCAAACGGAUACCAGGCUUCCUGGAACUGAGCCAGGACGACCAGCUGAUCUUGAUCAAGUCCAGCUUCUUCGACGUAUGGCUGGCGCACGUGUCGCGGCUGGUCAAUCCACUGGAAGGCAGCAUCACUUUCUCGGACGGACAGUUCAUCAGCCGGCAGCACAUUGACGCCAUGUUCAACAGUGAGAUGACGUCGGCGCUGUUCAACUUCAGCGUGGGCCUGAACGCGCUGAACCUCAACGACACCGAGGUCGCCCUGUUCUGCUCAGUGGCACUGAUGGCCUCCGACCGGGACGGCGUCUCCAACCACAAGCUGAUCGACGCCAACCGCGAGAAGCUGCUAGAGGCGCUGAAGAUACAGCUGGCAAGGAACCACGUGUCCGAGCAGAACAUCUACAACACGCUGCUGCUGAAACUUCCCGAACUGCACGCGCUGGGCCGGCGACACGGCGAGCAGCUCAACUGGUAUCGCAGCCGCUGGCGGCAGCUGCAGCUGCCCGCCCUGUUCGCCGAGAUAUUCGACGUGCCGCGACACGAGACGGACGACAUGGUGCAGGGCUAGCGGCUCGUGACCGGGCGGUCCCGCCGCUGGUCUGGACCGGCACCGGCGGACUGACGAGCCCGCAACAGUCGGACGGCCGCUGGAGUCGACGACACGGGGCGGCUGCCGAUGGCCCAAUGACGACACUGCGCCCUCCCUGCGGCCGGCCCGGCCGGCGGGCGCAGCGGGAUCGGACCGCGAGGCGUUACCAUAGACUGGAGAUAAGCCGGGUUUGCCCGGAGGGCAUUUCACCGAGCGUGGGAAAUGGCCGUGUUGUGGCAUUACCAUGGUGCUCGCUGUGUGACAGCGGUGUGUGUGUGUGUGUGUGUGUGUGUGUGUGUGUGUGUGUGUGUG